CCGGGAUCUGGGCGGGUGCGCCCGUAGACUGAGGGGGGGCCUGGCUCGUGGCGGCCGUCGUGCUAGGGGCGUGGACAGGCACCAAGAUGGUCGGGUCAGGGGCAACGGAGGAGGAAGCUCCGCCGUGGCCACCCUGUCGGAGGACGGGGGACCAGAACUGGGAGCUAGGAGAUGACGGACAUGCAGCGUCCUGCAGUUGCUGCAUGCCGGCGGCAAGGGUCACCACCUGCGCCUGUGAGCUCCUGUCACCAUUCUUGAAGUACAUCAGAUGCCGAUUCCACACAAGGUUUCUUGGGAAGCUUGCACAUGACCUGGCACUUGGAAACAGGAUCCAACCUCUGUUGCGGUUUGCUGAUGAAAGUGGGAUGCGGUGGAUUCCGGCUUCAUUUCGUCAUACAAAAUUGUGACCAUGGAAGAAUUGGAUGUCCAAGAUUAUUCAUUGUGUGGCUGAUUGUUGUAAAGGUAGAGAGGUAUGGGGAGGGAGGAGGCUAGGUGGUAGGGCAGAGGGAAUUAUGAUGCUUUCGGUUUGUUAUAUCGGAUGCUUGCUACAUAGAGCGCCGUUUCUGAUUCCGUUGUGUACACUUCUCUUCUUGUCAUCUUCACUCCCAACUCCUGGUGCAAGUUUGCUGGGUGCUUUUCUCGGGUCAACUCAUCGGCUUGUUAUAUCGGAUGCUUGCUACAUACAGCGUCUAUUGUGUCUACUUCUUUUCUUGCGAUCUUUACUCUUAAGGCCUGGUGCAAGGUGCUGAGCACUUUUCUCGGGUCGACUCGUUGGUUUGUUUUAUUGGAUGCUUGCGACAUAAAGGGUGGUUACUGAUUUCGUUGUGCCUACUUCUUUUCUUGCGAUCUUUUCUCCGGGCCUGGUGCAAGUUGCUGAGCACUUUUGUCGUGUAUCACCCUCAACAAAUCGUCUAUCCCUUCAACUCUUUCUUAAGAAUUUGCUGGAUUGAUGGAAUUGUUGCAAACUGCCAUUAGUCGAUCGCUAUUCCCCCCCCCUCCACAGGAACAUAUGUGCUAUGUUUCAUUCUGUCCGUGACUUUUUCUCAAGAUGAAUGCCCUGCCAAAACCAAAUGAAGGAAGAGCUGAGCUAAUCUGGGCUGAGCAUAGCAGGGGUGUGGAUAUGCAGAGGACACAGCCAUUGGUCUGUGUCCAUCCCCUUCCUUGGAUUUCAUCUGCGAUGUGUGAUUGUUUGUUUCGCUGGCCUUGAGAUUACUGACCUGCCGACGCGAGCACAGCCACCUGAGCUGAGCACAGCAGGGAGGUGGAGCUGGGUGGAAGUCUGCUGAAUAGGGCUGAGACAAACCGGGUUGAGUACUAUAUGGACUUGAGCAAAUCAGACCUGGUCACAGCAGAGGGUGGAAUGAAGCUGGCGGGAGGACUGGAGCGAAAGGGGACCAAGCCAAACUGAGCCACAGAAGAAGGUAAAAUGAAGUCA